UUGAUGGCGAAGAUCAGAACGGAUGCUCCGGUGAUGCCUCCGGAGACUCCUCCUCGGAGCACUGAGGUGGGAGAGAUUGACACUCGUGCUCCCUUCCAAUCCGUUAGAGACGCCGUUAGUUUAUUCCGUCAAGUUAGCUUCUCUAAGAAACAACAACCACAACCACAACGUCUCUCCUCCUCCUCGUCCCCCUCUCAGGACACAACCGAUCAUGUGUCGGAAAAGGAGACACAACUUAUGUUGGCCGAACAAGAAAUGGAUAGAGUCAAGCUUUGUCUUGAUGGCUCUGUCGCAGCCAAAGCUCGAGCUCUCUCCGAUCUCGACUCUGCUCAACGAAAGGCCGCUGAUUUAAGGGUUAAACUAGAAUCUACCAAACAUUCUAGGAAAUGUGCCAUCUAUACAAAACACACCAUGUAUCAACGGUUAGAACAACUUCAAUCCGAUAAACAAGAAACAGAGCGCGCAAGAGAGGAUUACAUUUUGAUAACUGCAGAGCUAUGUAUAUGGGUCCUUAUCUCACGGGGGAUGUGUUGUAUAACGCAGAUAGGGACAGACAUAGAAGAUUUCAAAUGCUCUUGGUUGGUGGUUAAGGCAUUGGAACGCUGCAGUGAAGAACAGACUAAAAUACUAUAUGAGAACUAUGGUAAAAGUGAGCCAUCAAACGUUGCUAAGGUCAAAGCUCUCUACAAAGAGGUUGAUCUCGAGGCUGUGUUCAUGGAAUAUGAGAGGGAAAGCUAUGAGAAGCUGACAAAGUUGAUCGAAGCUCACCAGAGUAAAGAAAUUCAAGCAGUGCUAAAAUCUUUCCUGGCUAAGAUCUACAAGAGGCAGAAGUAGAGACAUACUCUGGCCUCUCUCCGAUUUAUUCUUCUGACAUUAAUGUAUUGUUUUAUGACUUCUUUAGCUCUUUGAUCUUUUGUUCCCCCUUCCAGAUGAAUUUGAGAUUCUUGUUGAUGCUUAUAGUGUGGACUAAUAAAAUGUCUAUGUUUCUUCAAUAGUUUUGAAUAAAAGUAUGUGCAAU